UAGCGACGCGUUGCCACCCAGACGCUCAUUAUCCUGUACAAGACGACGGAUACGCGCCGACACUGAGAUCAAUACGCCCAGACAACCGCCGCCAGUGCCAGAUUCCUUGGGCGACUGACUUGCUUUGCAAUAAUACACUCGCAAUACCCGGCUGCCAGUUCUACCCCACGAAAACCCCGCUGAUAUCUCUCGACGGCCUCUGGCCUCCCAGCUGCCAUUCCUCCGCGGACGACCCAUCUCCGUCCAAUUAUGCUGGAGUCAGAUGCUCCAAUCCAACAUGGCGCCGAACUACACACAACAAAGGCUGAGAGAGGUCGACGAGGCCAGUCUCCGCCUGCCGACCUGCUCAUUCCCAAGAAUCGAAGCACCGGGAACCUCACAGCACAACCUUCGAAAGGCGCGGAUAAAGCGAGGCUGCGAUUUUCCUUUGAUGCCGGUUUGUCGGCGGCAGAGUAUGACACGAUGUCGAGAUCUCCAGUCAUGACGGAACACGAGCAUGGGCUUGGGACAUCUGGUUUGAGCAGAAUACGCCAGCAACCGCGAACCCCGACUAUCCCGUCCUCGGGGUCUUCUUCUCGCAACCCUUCCGUGGGACCACGGUCAAGUUCAAUGACUCUUACACUUCCAAAUCCUCGAUCUGGCUCCAUAGCUAUCACUUCCGGGCCCUCUUCGCCGACCUUGAAUUUCACAGAAGACCUCAGUCGCUUUCCAUCCGAAUCCCUCCACUCCUUUUCUUUCGCCCAUCAAUCCGAAGAUUUCAUACAUAAUCGGCAAAAUGUCCUCAAAAGAUCGGUUGAAUUUAUGUCACAGAAGCUGGGCCGUGGAGCAGGCAAUGCUGGAAUCGCCCACGCACAAGCAAGGCUCAGUGGAGACCAAGAGAUGCAGGGUAUGCUGGAAUUGCUAGCGAGGGCGAAUUUGGUCGGCGCAAACAAUAUCGCAGGUUAUGGACAGUCUGGUCUGAUGGGACCUCUUACGGGGCCGGCGGGCGUUGAUGAUGCGGGGAACGUCUUUGACAGUUACUUUAUGCCACGGUCCGAAAGUCCAGAUGCUAUCGAAACUCCCGGGACUUCACCAACAACUGUUAGGAAGCCUGUUCCCACAAAGACAAUUCCCGAACAAACCAGAGAAUCGAAGGAGGAAGAAACACCAAGUGUCGAAAUAGACUCAGAACCAUCUUCCAGCCCCCCCAUAGAGGACGGCCAGGCAACGACCAAGGCCUCUUCUCCUAUCACAAGAAGGCAGAGCCUCAGAAGAACUUACACAGAUACAGCACCCUUAUCCAUUCAAAAUAAGCUCAUGGAUGCUCUAGCACAACCAUUCGUAGCCGGCGAUGCCUUACACGAUCAACUAUUAUCACCGAUAUCCUCACCCAACGGCCCCCCAUCAUUCAUUGUCCCGGGCCCCCAUCUACCUGGACCUGCGGUGCACGCUCACUCUAGUCGAUGGGCUCCAGCAGCGCAAGCUAUCUUUACCACUGAGAUUAACGCACCCUAUACUAUUUUAGCCGCCAAUGAUCUUGCAUGCCUUGUUUUCGGUGUUACGAAAGCCGAGGUCAGGAAGAUGGGGAUCUUGGAGGUUGUGAGAGAAGAGAGACGGGCCUGGUUAGAGGAGAAGUUACAAUCACCAGGGUCUGCUACAGAAUUCGGCAAGAAUGCCCCUCAAUCCCCACCGCAGAGUCGGAGCCAGCAACCAAGCCCAACUCCCACAACGUCUUUUCUCGUUGGAAAGCCUGGAAUAACAGCUAGUCUACUUAGUAGACCAAAUUCUCGGUCAGCAAAACAGCCAACUCGCAGAGCACAGACCGAUGAUGGUGCAGGGUCCAGUAUUGCGGCAAGGACAAAAGCAUCCAGAGGUGGGCUUUAUCAUCCAAGCAACAAAUCAAGGGGCGUUUUGCUCUGUGGUGAUGUGGUACCUAUACGAAAACGUAAUGGGGUUACUGGAUCAGCUAGCUUGUGGGUCAAGGAGAAAAGAGGUAGUUUGAUCUGGGUUCUCGAGGAGAUUCACGAGGAUGUGGCUUGCAUUGGUGUGGAUGACGACGCCAUUGUUACAAAGAUCUCUGGAUCGACGGAGCCGAUAUGGGGAGAAAAUAUUGCUACGGUUGGCAAGGACAUUGGGAAAUUAUUACCAACGAUACCUCGACAGGGGAUCGAUGGAAGGACGGGUGAGAUAGACUAUGCCGAACUCACUAAGCGGAAGUAUUUCACUGCCCGAAAUGCUGGACGCGCAAAUAUCCCAUGCAUAGUCGACCGAAUCCCAGAUGGUACAGACCUGAAAGUGUCAAGCUUCCCACAUAUAGCGGGAAUCAUGGUUCUUUCGGCGCAGACGUUACAGAUCACAAGCUCCAAUUCUGUCUUCUCAGCUGCACUCUUUGGCCAAGAGAAACCCGAUGGGAGAUCUAUCACUGAUCUUAUCCCCGAUUUCGAUCGCAUGCUAAAGAUACUUACAGAGGAAGACGGUGUUGCUCUUACCGAUGGUAUUGUGAUACCUGAGCACAGCUUCCGUCGCGCCAGAGCUUUCCUGGCUUUACGAGAUGGUAAAGGGGACGCUGCAUCAUACUUGCUACGGCCAGAUGGUCUUCCAGCAAAGCACAGGGACGGAUCAGAGAUCAAGAUUGACGCACAACUCAGGGUUGUGAAGUCGGAUACAAAUCCAGCUCCCAAAUUUGACGAGAAUGUGAUCGAGGAAAGGAGUGAUGAGGAGGAGGAUGGCACUGUCAACUCCGAGCCACAGUCCGAACUAGUCUAUGCUCUGUGGAUUACAUACUCCCGCCAAAUUCAUGCAAACGGGCAAAAUCUUGGUGCAGCAACACCUCUGCUAGCAGGCGCCCAGACUCCGUUACAUCAACCGUCACCCGGACAGACGGAAAUUGCCAGCCCGAUGGAUAUGGACUCUGAUGAGCCUCAAAAAGAACAGUCGCACGCUUCUUUGCUCACGACUCAACUCAAAGCAGCCGCUAAGAAGACGGCGGCCAAGAUUGCAGGUCGCGAGAUGCCACCACCUCCACAACCGGAAAAGGCGAAGGAAGUGGUACCCGAGGUCAAGGACGCCGUUCACAAGAAGAGUAUCAACGACUUUGCGAUCCUCGAAGAGAUGGGCCAAGGUGCUUACGGUCAGGUGAAACUGGCAAGGUACAAGAAGAAUGGCAACAGGAAGAUGGUGCUCAAAUACGUAACAAAACGCCGGAUUCUCGUUGAUACUUGGACUCGGGAUAGAAGGCUGGGAACAGUUCCCCUGGAGAUUCACGUCCUCGAUUAUCUUCGUCGAGAUGGCCUCAAGCACCCUAACAUUGUCGAGAUGGCUGACUUCUUCGAGGACGAUGUGAAUUAUUACAUCGAGAUGAAACCUCAUGGCUUACCUGGCAUGGAUCUCUUCGACUACAUUGAGCUUCGUGUCAACAUGGAAGAGGACGAGUGCCGCAGCAUCUUCGUACAAGUUGCAAAGGCGAUCCAUCACCUCCAUACCAAGGCUUUGGUGGUGCAUCGUGACAUCAAAGACGAGAACGUCGUUCUGGAUGGUGAGGGGAAUAUUAAGCUUAUAGAUUUUGGUAGCGCUGCGUAUAUCAAGAACGGACCCUUUGACGUCUUCGUUGGAACUAUUGAUUACGCAGCUCCAGAGGUCCUGGCGGGGAAGCCAUACCGAGGUAAAGAGCAAGAUGUCUGGGCCCUUGGUAUCCUUCUCUACACCAUCGUCUACAAGGAGAAUCCCUUCUACAGCAUCGACGAGAUCAUGGACCGAGAUCUCCGAGUUCCCUAUGUGAUGAGCGAAGAUAGCAUUGACCUGAUCCGCGCGAUGCUGGACCGAGAUGUUGAUUCCAGGAUUACCAUUGAGCAGGUGUUGGGCCACCCGUGGUGCGAGUCGUCCGAUGACGAAUGAAGGAUGAUUGGCAAGGAUUUGAGAUUUGGAAACUGCUAGAUAAGGCAACGGAGCCUGGGCGCGAGAAGCACAGCAGGAUAUACCAGGGGCGUCGGGCAUUACACGAAGGGACUACAUAUACAGACCGAAUUCAGGUCGAGAAGCAGUUUACACUUCACGGGCUAUGCAGAUGUGCGUUAAGAGGGAGGAUAUACGAGCAAUGAUACCCAAGAAAGAGAGAGAGAGAGAGCGUGUAGCAAGCGAGCGAGCGAGCGAGCAAGCAAUCAAGCGACAGCACUGAUGGCUUUUUUUGUUUUUACCUUAACGAAAGCAGACAUGGAACCCCCCCCCCGGUUGGUAUGACCGGAUGGGAACGAGAAGACAUAUCUGUGUAUAUGAAUGAGGAAU